AUGAAAGGAACUGUUACUGCUUCAUCCACUCCUGCUACUACCAUCACAUCUACUAUUAAUAGUGGUAGUCAAGAAGCAAAUGAUAAUAAUAAUAGUCAAGGGAAACAGACUUUAUCAAUAAUGCAACGCCCUUUACCGCUCGAAGUACCAUGGGUAACUACCACAAAUUUUCAUAGUUUACCAACACCUGCACCCUCACCGCAACUAUUUCCUUCUUCUUCAACCACCGAAGGUUAUCCAACUCAAUCCGAAGAUGAAUUUAGCAGAACAGUUAGAAUGAGUUUUCAAAACAUGGAAAACUUGCAGAGACAGCGACUCUUGGCAGAACUUUUGAACAUUUGUAAUAACGAACAAUUGGUCUUUGUUUCAAAUUAUAUAUCUCCACGUUUGAAACGUGAUUUCUUAAAAGACCUUCCAAUAGAACUUAGUCUACAUAUAUUGUCUUUUAUUGAUGAUCCAAAAACACUUUCUAGAGCAUCAGGCGUCUCUAAUUUUUGGCAUUCACUAUUAAACGAUGAGUUCACCUGGAAAAAUUUAUGUGUGCGUCACCAUUUUAAAAGACGUAAACAUUUCCGAAGGCGUUAUAUAGUUGAAUCAAACUGGAAACAUGGUGGUAAAACACUUGUCACCCAUAUAAGUCCAGAUUCUGGUGUUGUAACUUCUUUACAGACAUGUCAAAAUUACAUAGUGGUUGGAAUGGAUAAUAAUAAAAUUCAUAUAUUUGAUGUUUCCAACGGUAAAUACAUAAAAACAUUAACAGGUCAUGAUGGUGGCGUAUGGGCUUUACAAUAUAUUGAUGAAGUAUUGGUUUCCGGUGCCGAAUGUAAACAUGUACUUCAUGGACACACAUCAACAGUCCGCUCUUUAAAAAUGAAAGAUAAAACAAUAGCUGUGAGUGGAUCUCGUGAUGCUACACUUCGAGUUUGGAAUAUUGAAGAAGGUCAUUUAAUUCAUUUACUUACUGGUCAUACUGCUAGUGUACGAUGUAUGGAGAUUUAUGGUGAUAUCGUUGUAUCCGGAAGUUAUGAUUGUAAUGCAAGGGUAUGGAAUAUAGUUACUGGUGAAUGUCUACAUGUACUUUCAGGACAUUACUCGCAAAUUUAUUCUAUUGCAUUUGAUGGCGAAAGAAUAGUCACAGGUUCGCUUGAUUCUACUGCACGUGUAUGGUCAUUCAAGACAGGAUUAAGUUUAAAUGUUUUACAAGGUCACACAUCACUUGUAGGUCAAUUACAACUUCAUGAUUCGACACUUGUGACUGGAGGAAGUGAUGGUGUCAUUCGUAUCUGGGAUUUGGAAACGAAUCGAUGUGUACAACAUAUUGCAGCACACGACAAUUCAGUAACUUGUUUACAAUUUGAUGAGAAACGUAUCGUGUCAGGAGGAAAUGACGGUCACGUGAAGUUGUGGGAUGUUGAGACCGGAGAGUUUAUUCGCGAGUUGACAACUCCAGGAAACGCUGUUUGGCGAUUAGCUUUUCAACAAACAAAAGCUGUAGUAUUAUUGCAACGUGAAAGUAGAACCAUUAUGGAAGUUCUUGAUUUUGAUUCAAAACAAUCAUUCGAUUCAUGA